AUGGGAUGGGGCUUCUACUCUCCUGGAAUUGCCUGUCCGCAGGGCUAUACGACCGCCGCCAUGGCGACAGCUGGAGGAAGCACAGGCUGGGGCCUAGAAUAUAGUCUAACCGAUGGAGAGACGGCUGCAGCGUGUUGUCCUACCGGCUUCACGCCAUCAUCCAUUGAAACAUUCAACACAUACGCGGCAACAUGCGUCAACCUUGCCACGUCGACGAGUUUUUCGACAGUGGUCUGCAACUCGGGAAGUUUUGAAGAUUUCUCACUGCUCGAACUGCCCAACGACGACAUGAAGACAUUCACGGUUUACGCACCGCUUUAUCAACUGAAUUUCCAGGCGUCGGACCUCCCCCAAACGACAGAAUCAGAGUCGGAGCCCACGUCAUCAGAAGAUGGAGCCAGUCCAUCCUCCACAGGUUUAGCCAUACCAUUAGAAACGGGAAGCUCGACCACUACGUCGGAUCCAGUUGCGUCACUUAUUCCGUCUUCGUUGAGAUCCAGCGUGACAUCUUCAGCUACCUCAACAGCAGCCGCAGCAUCAUCUACGCCAGGCAGUGGCAUGUCUACGGGUGCCAAAGUAGGGAUCGGUGUUGGUGUAGGUGUUGGCGUCGUCAUACUUCUAGUCGCCGCCUUCUUCUUCGGACGAGCAAGAAGGAAGGAUAAAAACCCAGUAACAGAAGAUGGGAAAAGCACCGCCGCUUUAUCCAUUCCAAAGUUGGAAGGUCCAGACAGGAAGAACUCGUUACGGGCAGAGCUUGGAGGUGCAGAAAUAUCCGAGUUGGAAGGAAAAAAUACACAGGAACUACCAGCAACAGCACUUUCCGUCGGUCGAUUACGGGAACCAGCCGCAAUCUUUGAGCUGGAAGCUGAUAAUCCAAACACUCUCGCUCCUCCAACACCACGCUACGGACAAGGUGAUACGCUGGUUAGCCCAGUCACACCUACACGACAGGGCGCACAUAGUCCAUCAUUUGCGGAACGGAGGAACUGGUUCUAA